UUCCAGUCGGAGUGGAACUGAAAGUCCACCUGGUACACCGCUUCCGCUAUUAACAUCUGCCGGAAGUGUUUUUUUUUUAUCGGAGUUAAACCCUGAUUAUUGUCAUCACUAAUUUAUUAUUAUAAAAUGAUCAUUGAUAUGAUGGUGGUAAAUUAUUAAACGCGUAUGUUUGUUUUCUUUGCGGAUUAAAUGAUGGUGUAGCACGGACACUUCUGACGCUAGCAGCAGGUAGCUAAAGGAGCUAAGGUGUGUGUGUGUGUGUGUGAGGGUCAGCGAUGCUGACGCUGGCGAGUAAGCUGAAGAAGGAGGAGGGUGUGAGAGCGGGCGGAGCUUCGUCCGGCUCCCAAGACGCCCCCCACCGCGUGUCCAUACGGGACCGCCUUCUCAUUAAAGAAGUUGCAGACCUCGAGGCAAAUCUUCCUAGUACCUGUAAGGUCCUGUUUCCUGAUGAGAACAAGCUCCAUCAUUUUCAGCUCACCAUAACUCCAGAUGAAGGGUAUUACCAGGGGGGGAAGUUCCAGUUUGAAAUAGAUGUUCCUGAAACCUAUAACAUGGUGCCCCCUAAAGUGAGGUGCUUGACAAGAAUAUGGCACCCAAACAUCGCAGAGACGGGGGAAAUCUGCCUGAGCCUGCUGCGUGAACAUUCAAUCGAUGGCACAGGGUGGGCUCCGACACGCGCGUUAAAGGACGUCGUAUGGGGGUUGAAUUCACUAUUUACCGAUCUUCUUAACUUUGAUGAUCCACUGAACAUAGAUGCAGCCGAGCACCAUUUACGGGACAAGGAUGACUUCAGGUGCAAAGUGCAGGACUUCAUCAAAACCUAUGCAAGAUGAUGCGCACGUGACUGUGCACCGCCCAUGGUUACGCCCCGAGACCCACCGAGCUGAACAUCCCGCACCGUUCACACAGUGGGACGACGAGAGAAGGAUUCCAUUGAUCUCAAAUCUUCAGCAUGAACUACGAGGGAAUAGGGAAGAUGUGGGGGGGGGUAUUUGGGUUUCCUUUUUCUCCUUUUUAAAUUAUCGCUCAGGGCUGAUUUGACGACGCCCACCAUCGCUGCCACAGCUGGUUCUGCAUCAUCUACAGCUAACGAAAAGAGAAUUCUACAAAUUAUAUUACUAAUAAAGAGAAUAAUAAAAUUAUUCAAGGCAAUCAUAAAAA